AUAGUUUCUUUGGUUUAGUUCGUUCCGGAACAACACAAUCAAAAGACAAACAAUAACAUUUUACGUAACUUUUGCAUUAUUAUUUAUGCAAAUUAUAGAGUUAUUGAAUCUGAAUUGAAGAAUUUUAAGAAAUAAAAUAUGGUCAAAAGUAAAUUAGACAGCAUUUACAGAAGAAUGCUGAUAACACGUUUUUUUGAAAGAGGAUGGGGGAAGCCUGAAAACUUACAAAGACUUUUCCAGUUUCGAAAAAUUAUAUCACAAAGAAGUACGUGCUUCCCCCUGGUCCCAAAAGAUUAUCCAGUAGAGAUAGUAAAAGAAGAAAAAAGUCCUGAUUGCAUUAUUUUGGAAGGAAAAUUUUUGACACCACUCGAAUUACACUUGCCUGGAAUAGUUCCUAAAGCGGCUCAAGACGCUCAUUUUCAAGUAGUAUUGCCCAACAAAUGGAAUGGGAAGACAAAGCCAAUGUGCAUUCAUUUGGCUGGAACCGGAGAUCAUUUUUUCUGGAGGCGAAGAAAUCUAAUUGCCAAACCACUUCUGAAAGAGGCCAACAUUGGAGCAAUUAUAUUAGAAAACCCUUUUUACGGCACAAGAAAACCUGACAAUCAAGUACGGUCAAACCUGCACAAUGUUUCAGACAUAUUUGUUAUGGGUGGCUGCUUGGUUCUAGAAUGUCUGGUGUUACUACACUGGUGCGAAAGAAAUGGAUUCGGCCCACUUGGUAUUACAGGCUUGUCUAUGGGUGGUCAUAUGGCAUCAUUAGCUGCUACAAAUUGGCCAAAACCACUUGUACUUGUUCCAUGCCUUUCUUGGUCUACCGCAUCAACAGUUUUUACAACGGGAGUGAUGAGCCAGUCUAUUAAUUGGGACAUGUUGGAAAUGCAGUACUACUCUGAUGGAAAAUACCGUGAAAGGCUGUCGAAAAUGGUCACAGUUAUUGAUGAUGCUUUUACAGCAGGACAAACAUUCAUUAAGAAUUUUAACCAAUCUCUAAUUGAAUUAAAGAAAGACAUUACGUAUACAAAAAUGAUGCAGAGGGGCAAAAUUUCUGGAAUUGAAGGUAACUUGGAAAAAAAUUCUGAUGAUAGUAACUCUCUUACAAUGUUGAUGGAACUGAUACUUCCCAAGCCAAGCUCGGAAGAAAAAAUCGAUAUAACCAAAAUUAAUUGGUGGGAGCGGGAGGCAUUGCAAUUUAUGAGAGGAAUGAUGGAUGAAUGUACGCAUUUGAAGAAUUUUUCCGUCCCAAAAGAAACGUCAUUAAUAAUUGCCGUCUGUGCAAAGGACGAUGCCUACGUACCAAGAGACGGAUGUACAAGUUUAGAAGAAAUAUGGCCAGGUGCUGAAAUAAGAUAUUUAGACGCUGGUCAUGUCAGUGCUUAUGUUCUUCAUCAAAAGUUAUUCAGAUAUUUCCUGGUGGAUUCUGGAAUGAUGAACAAGGCGAAUCACCCAUCUGUCCUAAACUUAUUGAUAUAGUGCAAUUUGAUAGAAAAUCUGAAACCCUUUACCUGGUAUGCAGACAACAUAUUGUUCACUACUAUUCCAUAAUUUUCACUUUUUUGUUUACGAGAAAAUUUUCCCAUACUAAAAUAAAACCAUUCCAUGCAUUUUUUCUUUCGGAUUCAAUCAUCCAGUCUUUCUGAAUAUAGUGUUUGGAAAAAGUAAAUGAAA